CGACGCCUUCUACCGCAUGCGGAAAGAUGUUCAUGGUGGAUCCAAGAGGGUCUUAGAGCUAGGUGGAACUACGAAGAUACUCUAUCCACACUGAGCUUGCGCCCAAUAGCUUCACUGGCGAUGCUUCUUCAAAGACAAGACAAGCUGAAAGAGGCUGCGGCUAUAUAUCAGCUGACGCACAAGGGCUUUGAGAAGACAUUUAGACCGAAUGAUCUUCAGACCUUACAGACCGUUAUUGAGCUGGGGGACAUCUAUCAAAGACUGGCCCUGCUAAGGGACUCCGAAACGGUCCUGCGGCGAGCCACAGAAGAUCCUGGAAAUGAACUCGGACCAAAUCAAAAGGAUACCACUCAUGGAGAACACGCCCUAACCCUCGUACAUCAAAGCCGCGGCCUGUUUCGAGAAGUGGAAACGCGAACCAAGCGGAUGAUAGAAUCCAACCUGAAGUCUCUUACAGCAGACCAUGCGACGACUUUACACACAAUUCGUUUCCUAGGCAUGUUUUAUAGUCGACGUGGGUGGUUAUUUAAGGCUGAAAUUAUGCUCAAGAGUUCUUUGGGAGAUUACGAAAGGGUCUUCGGGCCUGACCAUCCGCAGACCAUCCUUACGGUUUUCUGGCUCGGGUGUGCCAAACUAGACCUAAUGCAACCCAAGGAAGAGGAGAUGUUGUUUCUACGAGCGUUAAAGAGUAAGGAGAAUGAUCCUGGAACGCCAGGCUUUCUCGAAUUUGGUGAGAUCUACUACCAACUCGGCAGGACCUAUUUUAGCCAGUGCCUUUGGAAGGACGCUGCAUCGAAUUUUGAGAGAGCCCUCCGAGCUUUCGAGAAAGAACUUGGAGCCGAUUCCAUAUCGGUUUGCCACACGGCUUACCAGCUCGGUAGGGCCUUCAACUGCCAGCAUCUCUGGAAGGAAGCCGAGUCGGCCUUGGAAAGGGCGCUGAGGGGCUAUGAGAAAGAGAUGGGGCCGGGUCACACUUGGACUCUGUAUUCGCUUGUAAUGUUGGGUACCAUCUACAGGGAGCAGAACUGGAUUGAACAGGCCGAGGCCAUGUACGAGCGUGCGGUAUCUAGCUUUCAGACUCAUUUUGGACCGUCUCACCCCGGGACGCGAGGCCAUAGACGGUCUGGCCAUGGUGACACCCCUUCCUGCUGCCAGCGAGGACGGAUUAUGACGUUUAGAUAGGUUUUAAAUAUAUCUCCAUGUAUACACCAUUCCGUAAACAGUUCCCUUGCACUACUUACAGAAAGCAAUGCAAGGUCCCUCCCUACCUGUGACUUCUGCGAUCGACUUUAAGGGUACG